AUGCUGGUCAAGUCUAUGCUUCUUGCCUCGGCGCUGUUGGCCUCCUCGGUCAACGCCCAGGCCAACUGGUUCCCCGCCCUCCCCUCUGAAUCGCGCCCCGUCAUCCCCAACACUUACAUGAUCGAGCUCAAGCCCGGAGCCUCGUUCACUCCCGGCUCGGCCGUCAGCUCCUUCGCCAGCAGCGACAGCCCCGUCUUCACCACCACUGUCCGCACCACCGUCGACACCCCCCUCUUCAACGGUGUCUCCAUCCAGGUGACUGGCGACCACACCGUCGAUGACAUCCUCAACAUCCCCGAUGCCGUCAACGUCUGGCCCGUCCGCUCCGUCCCUGCCCUCAAGCCCGUUGCUACCUACUCGGUCCCUCCCUCCCAGGACUGGCAGCACACCCUCACCGGUGUCAACAAGGUCCAUGAGGAGCUCGGCCUCACCGGCAAGGGCAUCAAGGUCGCCAUCAUUGACUCGGGUGUCUACUACAAGCACGCUGCUCUCGGCGGCGGCUUCGGCCCCGGCUACAAGGUUGCCUACGGCUACGAUCUCGUCGGCGACAACUACGGCGCUGCCAACAGCACCGUUGUCCCUGAUCCCGAUCCCAUCGACAACUGCUCCACCGAGUCCCACGGCACCCACGUUGCCGGUAUCGUCGGCGGCAAUGCCACCGCUUCGCUCACUGGCGAGUUUGCCCCUCCCCUGCCCUUCGUUGGUGUUGCCCCUGGUGCCACCCUUGGUGCCUACCGUGUCUUUGGCUGCCCUGCCGACAACACCGGCACCGACAUCAUCACCGCUGCCAUCUACCGCGCCCACCAGGAUGGCUCCGACAUCAUCAGCUUGUCCCUCGGUGGUGGCCCCACCUUCAACACCGAUGUUGACUCUGUUGCCGCCACCCGCGUCGGCCAGCAGGGCUCCAUCGUCGUUGCUGCCCUCGGCAACGACGGUGGCCACGGUCUCUUUGUUCCCAGCUCGCCCGGUAUCGCUGCCGGCGGCUUUGGUAUCGCCUCUUUCGACGGUGCUCAGGCCCUGAGCGAGGUGAUCUACCUGCCCGACGGCACCCCUGUUGCCUACACCCCCUCGGCCCUCGGCGGCGGCUGGAACCACACCGUUGCCCAGAUCGUCCCCAACAACGCUACCGCCUUUGGCGACGACAGCAACCUCGGCGAUGCCUGCACCUAUGUCAACCCCGCCGUCAAGGGCAACGUCGCCUUUGUCGCCUUCCCUCCCGCCGGAAGCGCCUGUGGCAGUGUCUCCCGCUGCCUGAACGUCUUCAAGGCCGGUGCCAUUGGCUGCCUCGCUUACUUCAACGAUGGCUCUGGAAGCAUCAACGGCAACGCCGCCCUCCCCGGUGGUGCCAUCACCGGUGUCGACGCCAAGAAGAUCUUUGCUGCCCUUGCCACCAACGCCAACGCCCAGUUCACCUUCUCCAGUGACAUCCAGGCCUUCCCUCAGCUCACUGCCGGCACCGUCUCGUCCUUCAGCUCCGGAGGCAUUGGCGCCGAGCUCGAGAUCAAGCCCGACAUUGGCGCUCCCGGUGGUCGCAUCCUCUCCACCAUCAGCCAGUUUGCUGCCCAGACCAGCAAGUCGGUCAUGAACGACUAUGCCGUCUACGAUGGUACCUCCAUGGCCACCCCCUACUUCUCUGGCUCGAUCGCCCUCUUCCUCGAGGGCUACCGCAAGAACGGCAAGACCGGCCCCAAGUUCGAGGACGUCCGCACUGCCUUCCAGAACAACGCCAAGGUCACCCUUGCCUACAACACCACCCUCCCCAACACCGUUGGCCUCCAGGGCUCGGGUCUCGUCAACGUCUACCAGGCCAUCACCAACAACUUCCUGACCGUCUCGCCCUCGCGCGUCACCCUCAAGGAUGGCUACCUCAGCCAGACCAAGACCUUCACCCUGACCAUCACCAACACCGGCGACAAGAAGACCGCCGUCACCCUCUCGCACCUGCCCGCUGCUCUCAUCAACAACGUCCAGCAGGGCGAUGACCAGCUGAUUGAGAGUAUCCAGUACGCCGACCAGGCUGCUACCGCUCUCUUCCGCGGCCUCCCCAGCGACAACACCGUCACCAUCCCCCCUCACGGCAGCAAGAAGAUUCAGGUCGUCAUCAAGCCCCCCGCCGGUGCCGACGCCAACGCCCUCCCCGUUUACUCUGGCUACAUCCAGUUCAAGUCGUGCCAGGACGAGAGCAUCGUCUCGGUCCCCUACGCCGGCGUCGUUGGCCACGUCGAGAAGGCCAGCGUUCUUGUCAAGACCUCGGCCUUUGACACCACCGCCCUCCUUGACCCCAACACCGGCAACGUUGUCACCGACACCGUCACCGUCAAUGCCACCUCCACCGGCAUCAUCUCCCGUGUUGCCACCGCCUUCACCUCCCACAACGUCGUUGUUGAUGUUGUCUAUGCCGAGAAGAGCAAGCACCCCGCCAAGAACGACCUGUCCAAGCUCUUCCACGACUCGCUCGGCUAUGCCAUCCUCUACGACCUCAGCACCUUCAACCCCUCGACCGUCAGUGGCGAGCGCGGCCGCAACACCCGCACCAAGGGCCAGAGUGUCGUCACCUCGAGCAUGGGCAUCUGGGCUGGUGGCAUUGUCCCGUCGCUCUCUUCCGUCAACAUCACCCAGCUCCCCGCCGGCAGCUACAAGCUCCGUGUCUCUGCCGUCCGCGUCUUUGGCAACCAAAACCACACCUCCAGCUACCAGCAGUGGGAGUCGCCCGUCCUCAACAUUGUCUACUAA